AAUAAAAGCAAUGACUAAAACCGGAGCAGAAUUGAGACCGACUGUCACAAAGCCUAAAUGGACGCCCAAGCACCAACAGGCAGGAGCAGGACCGUCGACAUCGAGGGCUUUAAACUGGAGGGGGCAGCCGUCGUCGGCGUCGCGGCCGCCGCCUCGCCAGAGUCGCCAGACGCCAGCGAGGACGAGCUACACGCGUGGCGGGCGCAGACCGCCGCCGCCGUCCCGCCGCGCGAGCGACCGCCGAGCGCCGCCGCCGCGGCCGCACGCCCGGACCUCGCGCCGCUAGCAUCGGAUGCUGAUACACAACCUCAGUGUCGAACACAAGCUGCACAGGAGCCUUACCCUGGUUGCCGGAGUGUUGUCCGGGCGGCGUUCAUGAGGCAAGGCACUCCUGCAGAAGCGGCAGACAUCAUGCUAGCGUCACUUACAGAAACCACACUUAAGCAAUAUAAUUGUUAUUUAAAGAAAUGGCAUAUAUUUUUUAAACUGACGUAA